AUGGGAAAGAAGUCGACUCGCCCAUCCACCAAGGUCGCUUCGGCUGCCGCAUCGCCGGCGUCGGGCAUGACAUAUGCCGGCAGCAAGUCCUCCAUCCUGCGCUCUGCAUUCUCCCCAUCGGAGUACCAAUUAGCCCUGUUUGCGUCCGUCAUCCAAGGUCUAGACGGCCAGCACAUUCGCAUUUACGAUACACAGACAGGACGCCUACAAUGUGAGCAUAUUCUGGGGCCGAAGGAAACAGUGACUUCUCUGGACUGGGGAUACUAUGAUGGCUCCGGCAAGGGUCGUGAUCAGUCGAAAAAGAAGCGCAAGCGCGGCUCCGAUGUCAAUGGGCUGGACCAGGGGGAUAUUGUGGUUGCAUUCGGCACAAACACAUCGGAUAUCCGCAUGUACUCACCAUCCGAAGAUAAGGUGGUCGGUACUUUGACCGGCGCACAUGACAAGGGUAUCAAGGACUUCAAGUUCACGGCCGAUCGGCCCGCCCAGGAGGCUUGGAGUAUCGGUGGUGACAACAAGCUCGUCCAAUGGGACCUGCGCACCGGACAGAGCAUCAAGACAAUCCACCUCCCCGCAUCUUCGGUCUUCACUACUCUUUCUCGCCCCGUUCCCUCGAACCCUCCUCUUAUCUGCGCAUCCCAGACCCCGUACUUAAUAGAUACCGAGAAGGCCGACGAGCCGGUUCAGUUCCCUGCCAUGCGCAACCCCAUCCACACCGUCAUUUCGUCCUCUUCCGAGUCUGCUGGUGUUGGUGCAUUCCUUGCAUCUGAUGGUGACCGCUUCGUCAACGUAUUCGAUGCCGUCACCCAAAAGCUUGUUCGCAACCUUGUCGCCGAUCAAGAAGUUUCAGCCAUCUCACUGCAGACCGAUGGAAACACUACCCCGGAGAAGCAAGUGCUUGCUGCAAUCACCGCAGAUGGUAGCAUCGAACUCUUCACAAAGCCAUUUGUUCAGCCCCAGAGUGCGCCCUCCGCCAGCGCCAAGGCCAGCCGCAAACAAAUGACCCAGAAGGCAAACGCAACCCUCAGAGUCACGAACACCGACUCCUCAAAUGCCUGUGUUCCCGUCGCAGCUAUUUCCUUCCAAGGACCCAACCUCGUGGUUGCAUACACUGAGGGUGGUGUGAUUCCUGUUUUUGAGCGCGUUAAGUUCCUCGACGAGAACACUGAUGAGCUCUCCUUCACUGGAAUUAAGACUGUCGUGAAGACCAAGUCAGGCUCAGCACUUUCUUCUGCCACAACGAACGGAGCCAAGAGCUCAAAUGAGACCCGUGUUAACGAGGCCCACAUGAAUGUCGAGCAAGGAAACCUGGUCGAUGACGACGUGGAGAUGGAGGACUCGCGCCCAGACGCUGCUUCCGACUCCGGCAGUGAGGAGGACUCUGAUGACGAGGACAACAAGAAGCCCAAGGUCACUAGCGAGAAAAAGACGAAGCCUACCAAGCAGGUCGCAGUGAACGAGGAUGUUGAGAUGCAGAACGCAUCCGAAUCCGACGAGGAAGAAGAGGAAGAAGAGGGCGCAGAGCCAUCAUUUGGAGAGUUGAUGCGUGCAAACGCAGGCCAGGAAGUCGAUGUUGAGGCUGAGCUCGAUGAAGAUGUUCUCCUGGGUGCUUUGGUCCCCGGCAAGCCCCAGGCCGCAGUGCAACAGAUUCCCACCGGAGUCUCGCUUGCGACUGUCCUCACCCAGUCGCUCAAGACCAACGACAACGGUAUGCUUGAGUCUUGUUUCCACACCGGUGACACCUCGAUCAUCCGCACUACCAUUCAGCGCCUCGACUCUUCGCUGGCCGCAAGUCUGCUUCAGAAACUCGCUGAGCGCCUCGCUUCCCGGCCUGGUCGCUACGGCCACCUUCUCGUCUGGGUGCAGUGGACCUGUGUCGCUCACGGCGGUGCCCUGGCUGGCCACCCCGAUCUUCUGAAGCGCAUGACCUCCCUUUACAAGGUCAUGGACCAGCGCUCUUCCAGCCUGCCAUCUCUCUUGCUCCUCAAGGGCAAGCUUGAUAUGCUCGACGCUCAAUUGGGACUGCGACAAUCUCUCCGCAGUGGCGACGAGGGUAUGGACAGCGAGGAUGAGGAUAAUGUUAUCUAUGUUGAAGACCCCCGGAAGUCAAUACGCGAUCAGGCUUAUGACGAGGAUGAGUCAAUGAUGAACGGCAUUGAUGAGUCUGAGGACGAGGAGGAUGAAAGCGAUGACGAGGAUGAUGACGAAGAGCCUCUUUUGGAUAUCGAGGCUGCCGAGUCCGUCGGUUCCUCUGAUGCCGAAGAAUCACUGGAGGAGAACGAGGAUGAUGAUGACGACGAGGCUGAUAGCGAUGGCUCGAUGGUCGACUUCAUCGCCGACACGGAAGACGAGUCUGACGAUGAAGCUCAGCAGCAGCCCCCGCCAUCAAAGAAGUCGAAGACUUCCAGCAAGAAGAGCAAGGGCGGCAGGAAAUAA